ACCGAACCAAGCCAAGUAGGCGAGCUCUUCAUCCGUUCUCUCCAUUUCUCGUCGCCCCCACUCCACUUUCUUCCCAGUACGAGCUUACUCUCUUACCCUCUGUCCCUCUCUCUUUCAAUUCCUGCUGCUGUAGCAACUGAGGGAAAACGCCUACGCUUCUCGUUCCGAGUAUGGAUGAUGAAAGGCAAGUAGCUUAUGGGAAUUACAAGCCAGGUGGUUCCAAAAAACGAUCCAACUCGGAAUUGGAUAACGGGAGGCACAAGAGGCACAACACUAAUGAUGGCCAUAAUGCUAAGACCAUUGAUACUCUGUAUCGCAUACUCUGCCCUGUCAAGAAAAUUGGUAGCGUUCUUGGGAAAGGUGGUGAUAUAGUUAAUGCUUUGAGAAAAGAGACCCAUGCAAAGAUAAGAGUUGUUGAUGCCAUUCCUGGCGCUGAUGAGAGAGCUAUUAUUAUAUUCAGUUAUGUUCAACAAGAAGUAGACAAAAAUAAUAAAAGCGAAAAUACUGUCAGUGAUGAUCCUUUUGGAGGUGGUAAUCUAGAUAUGAAGCCACAUUGUCCAGCUCAGGAUGCUCUCCUAAAAAUUCAUGAUAGGAUUGCUGCAGAUGAGUAUAUGCGCGGCGGAGUGGUGCAUGAGAACACCGAGCCCAAUGAUGAUGUGAUUGCAUGUAUUCUUGUCCCUCAAAUUCAAAUUGGCUGCCUUCUUGGAAAGGGUGGAAAUGUUAUUAAAAAAUUACAGCUGGAUACUAGUGCGCACAUUCGCAUCUUACCUUCAAAGGACCUUCCACCUUGUGCUUUGAGAUCCGAUGAACUAGUUCAGAUAUCUGGUAAGCCAAUCAAUGUUAGAAGGGCGCUUUUUGAGAUUUCCACUUUAUUGCAUCAUCAUCCACGAAAAGAUAACCCUCCUUUAGAAGAUAUCAUAUCUGCAAGUACCCAACACCUCUACCCAUCAGGUUCUGAAAUACCUCCUCCUUUGCCGCAUGGAAGUCCAAUGUUGUCCCGCCAUACGCCACCAACAUCAUGGUUUGAUGGGUAUAGAAAUGAAUCAUCUAGUCACGGCCCAAGCAGUUUUAACCUUGGUGCUGUCAGAAAUGGAGUUCUGGAAGAUUUUUCCAUAAAAAUUUUGUGUGCUACAGAGAAGAUUGGCAGUGUAAUUGGCAAAAGUGGUUCAAAUGUUAAACAAUUAGAGAAGCAAACUGGUGCUAGGAUUCAUGUCGAGGACACUGAUUCAGAUGCUAAGGAACGAGUGAUUAUUGUUUCUUCUAAGGAGGGUCCUGCAAAUCCAAUUUCUCCAACCAUUGAGGCUGUUCUUCAACUCCAAAGAAAAACUAGCGAAGUAGCUGAAAAAGGCACAAUCACAACAAGGCUUCUUGUCCCCGCAAGUAAAAUUGGUUGCAUUCUUGGAAAAGGUGGAGAUGUAAUUACAGAAAUGAGGCGUCGUACCCAUGCGGAUAUUCAUGUUUUCUCAAAAUCUGACAAACCAAAAUAUGCAGCUAAUGAUGAAGAGCUUGUUCAGAUAUCUGGAAAUGAGAGUGUUGCUGCGAUUGCUCUCUCAGAGAUUGCAUCCAGGCUCAGAGCAAAGUCUCUUACAGGAGGAACUGUUCCUAUAGAUCUUUUGGCUCCUGGACCCGGACGUGGAUUUGCUCCUUCAGAAAGUUUCUCUAAAAGAGCAAGGCAACCAUCUGCUGCUUUUGGUUCUGCUGAUCCAGAUAUCUAUGACUUCCCAAUGGGUUAUGAUUAUCCUAAGGGCUCGGAUUACUCGAAGAGCUAUGAUCACCGAAAGGGCUAUGACUACCCAAAGAGUUUUGACCAUCCAAAGGAUUAUAACUACCUAAUGAGCUAUGACUAUCCGAAAGGUUAUGAGUAUCCAAAGGGUUCUGAUUAUGCCGAGAGUUAUGACCACCCAAAGGAUGCUGGUCGACAAUUUAACUCUCAUGGUUAUCCGGGUCCACUGCAUCCUACUGGGUACUCCGACAUGAGGAGUGCUAUGGAAGUCAAGACUCCGAGGAGCUCAGUUCGGGGAAUGGGUGGAAACAAUGCUUCUAAUGUUCAUCAGGUACCAGCAACUGCAUCAUGGAGAUACAAAAAUCAUCCGAGGCAGUGAAGAAAGCUGUCGCAGGUUUGAAGUCCAAAAACCCUAAAGAGCAUAUUUACUCCCCAAUCAAUAACUGCAUUUAUCUUUGCUUCCUAUUUGUGGCAAAAACCAUUUUCUCCUUCCAAACCCCCUUACAUAUGGAGACCUGAGGAUGGAGUUUAAACAACGGCUAAUUAUGUUUUACCGACCAUUUUUAGGAAAAUGUUUAAACUUUGAAGUGGUCAUUAUGAAAGAAUUAGCAUUGCUAAUGAUGCAGGUUUGUAUGUUCUAUUUCUUUCUCUUGUAUUAUUAUAUUAAAAUCUUUUUUUUUUGUUU